ACAGAAAGAGGUGGUUCUUUGGAACAAUGUUUAGGCAAUCAGAUACAUCUUCCAAGAGACGCCCCGGUGGUGGAGGUGGCCUCAACUUACCCCAACCACCGCCAUCCUCCGCCACCAUCCAGCAGGGUCGUAUCAGAGCUGUUGAAGUGGCACGGGGGAGAGCAGGGUAUGGCUUUACUUUGUCAGGCCAAAGCCCUUGCAUCCUCAGCUGCAUCCUGAAAGGGAGCCCUGCAGACUAUGUUGGUUUGCGCUCAGGUGACCACAUCCUCUCUGUCAAUGACAUCAAUGUCUCAAAAGCAUCACAUGAAGAUGUGGUAAAGCUGAUUGGACGUUGCUCUGGUGUUUUGAGACUAGUCAUUGCCGAGGGUGAGCGGCAUAGGAGGCACCACCACCACCGCACGUCUGGCAGCCGUCACCACAGCAGCGCCACAAUGGCAGCAUCCUACAUGGACUCGUGCUCCAGCGAUGAAGAGCUGUAUGGGGCUGGAUCUCGCGGGGGUUGGUAUAAACCAAAACUGGAUUCUAAGCAGCUUGGCAUCAACCGGGCAGAGAAGGUUGUGGCGGAGCUGCAGUCAGGGGGGAUUUUCAAUAUGAUCUUUGAGAACUCCAGCCACUCUUCCAGCAGCUCAGAUAAAGAGAGGACAGGCGUUACCUCCCCAUCCAAGCCCCGCCCUCUGUCCGAACCAGAAUUCCCUCCAUAUCGGAACCCUUCAUGUUCCCAGAGUAACCCCAAUCUCCUAUCUGAAGAGGAGAUGAACAGAUUUCUCACUGAUGACUCAGUCUUCCUGGACUCAGACUUCCACCAUCUCCAUCUUUACCACCAUGAUGAACAUGAGGUGGUGGUGGAAGAGGGAGCCGAUAUUGGCCUGGAGCCCAGUGAAGGUAUCCUCAAUGUGGGCAUGAUUGUUGGCUACCUGGGCUCCAUUGAGUUGGCCUCCACUGGGGCCAGCCUGGAGAGUGACAGCCUGCAAGCAAUCAGAGGCAGCAUGAGACGUCUGAGGGCAGAGCAAAAGAUCCAUUCACUUGUCCUCAUGAAGGUGAUGCAUGACAGUGUUCGUCUUUGCAGUGAAAAGGGUCAGGUGUUAGCUACCUAUCCUACAGAGAAAUUAGCAUUCAGCGCCUGCUGUCCUGACGAUCGACGUUUCUUUGGACUGGUCACCAUGCAAGCUACAGACGACCAUGAUGAUCGCCACUUCAGUAACGGGAGAGAAGAAGAUGGCGGUUUGAGGACUUCCUGCCACGUGUUCAUUGUUGACCCAGAUCUCUGUCACCAUCAGGUCCACCUGGGUGUGGCCAGGAGAUUUGGUUUUGAGUGCACCCCUGACCCAGAUACAGGGGGCUGCCUCGAGUUCCCGCCGACAUCCCAGCCCCUACUCCAGUUUAUCUCUGUCCUGUACCGUGACAUGGGGGAGAACAUUGAGGGGGUGCGGGCUCGGGCCUUCCAUGAUCCAGAUAAUGAUGCUCAGCAAAACCACAGCACUAGUAGCAACAGUGAUAGUGGGAUCGGUAACUUUUUACCAGAGGAGAAGAGCAACCGGAUGCUAUUAGUGGACCUUGGAGGUCCUCCUAACCACAACCACAAUGCUGGGCCACGCCGCUGGGACAGCCCCCCUCCCUCCCAGCAAGCCUGGAGCCCCUGCCCGGGAGUUGCAGCCUCUCACCCUCCCCCACCACCUCCUCCGGCUAUUCGAAACGGACACUUCCGUCACGACUCUCACCUUUCCGACCUCCCCCACCCUCUCCCCUUGCCUCAUCCUGGUCUCCCCGACGCUGCUGGCUGGCAGUCUCGAGGGGCGCACGCCCACCCGCACCACUACCCAGCAGGAAAAAGGGGAGGAGCUGGAGGAGGAGGAGAGAAGAGAGGAGGAGUAGGACCAGAGCAGCAGCGUUGGCUGCCAGUCCACGUGUUGAGAGACUGGCGUCAGCAGCACCACCACCGCAGCAACCUCCAGGGCCUGAGCAGCGAUCAGGAGUCCUAUGCUGAGUCCACUGACGGAUGGUCCUCGGCUAACUGCAGCACCCUGCCCCCGCCCAUGAACAAGAUCCCAGCAGACCGCUACCGAGCCCCGCUGGCCCCCGGAGACCACCUGCCACCACCUGGGGGAAGCCAGCCUCCUCAUCCGAAUCACCACACCCACAGACUGGCCACUCAGAGGGAUGAGUGGGCCAAGAAGCUGUUUGGUGCUGGGGACAAGGAGAGGGAGAGAGCUGGGGCAGAGAGAGGAGGAAGGGAGAAGAAACGAGGGAACGCCAAAGAAGGCGAGAAAAAGGGUGGCAGGUUCCGUGGUCUGACCAUGGGGUUCCCACCUCUCCCCCAGCGCUCCUCGGCUAGACGUUCCUUUGGACGCUCCAAACGCAUCAGCCUGGCUCGGUCCCUGGACGACUUGGAGUCGGCUGCAGUCUCUGAUGGAGAGCUGAACAGUGUGGAACUGCAGGGCUGCGGCAGUGACAACAGCCUGAACAGUAAUGCUAGCCUGCCCAGCGUACAGAGCCUGCGUCGGCACAUGGAGAGGAGGGUGGCCAGCUGGGCCGUCUGCUUCGAGAGGCUGCUGCAGGACCCCGUGGGAGUCCGCUACUUCUCUGAGUUUCUGAAAAAAGAGUUCAGCGAGGAGAACAUCCUGUUCUGGCAGGCUUGCGAGUUCUUCUGCCAUGUCCCCGAGAAUGACAAGAAACAGUUGUCUCAGCGUGCCAGGGAGAUCUACAACAGUUUCCUAUCUAGUAAGGCCACAACACCGGUCAAUAUCGACAGCCAGGCCCAACUGGCUGAUGACAUCCUCAACGCGCCCAGACCAGACAUGUUCAAGGAGCAACAGCUUCAGAUUUUCAACCUGAUGAAGUUUGACAGCUACACAAGGUUUCUUAAGUCCAUGCUCUACCAGGAGUGUAUGCUGGCCGAGGUAGAAGGCAGGCCCCUGCCAGACCCCUACCACAUUCCCAGCAGCCCCACCUCUAAACACAGUACCACCGGCUCUGACCGCUCAAACCUCUCCACACCUAAGAAGGAGGACAAGAAAAGCAAGUCUGGGCGCUCCUUGAAUGAGGACAGCAGAGAGGAUUCGGGGGACAGGAAGAAGGGCAUGUUCUUUUCUUGGUCCCGCAACAGGAGCUUCGGCAAAGGCCCCAAGAAACGAGACCUGGCCGAUAUCAAUUACAAUUUUUCUGGCAGCAAUGGACGUCGGGAAUCUCAGGGUUCGCUGUCCUCUGGAGCUAGUCUGGAGCUUGGGCCAUCAGCGUCGGGGAAGAAUGAGGGUGACCUGUCCCGUAGCAUGGGCUCAGUGUCGGCAGAUCGUGCAGGUGGCAGCGCGCCCCUGAGGCAGUGUAACAUAAGCCUACCAGAUGGUUCCUGUUGCUCGGUGCCACUGAGGGCCGGGGUUUCGAUCAGGGAUCUGCUACUGGACCUUUGUGAGAAGCUCUGUAUCAACCUGGCAGCCGUGGACCUCUUCCUGGUUGGAGGGGAGAAGCCUUUGGUUCUGGACCAGGACUGCAUGACCUUGUGCUCUCGAGACAUCAGACUAGAGAAACGUACCCUCUUCAGACUGGAUCUGGUUCCUAUUAAUCGUUCAGUUGGCUUAAAGGCAAAGCCCACUAAGCCAGUAACUGAGGUUCUCCGGCCCGUGGUGGCCAAAUAUGGCUUGCAUCUCUCCGAUUUAGUGGCACGCAUCAGUGGGGAGUCAGAGCCAUUGGAUCUAGGUCUUCCUAUAUCCAACCUGGAUGGACUUAGAGUGGUAUUAGACGUAGCAGACCACACACCCGGAAAAGACAAACAGAAAGUCACCCCGUCCAAUGUCUCACCCUCUACAAGCAGGAGCCAGUCGGUGACAAGUUCUUCGACCUCAUAUCCAAAGCUCAGAGCAACAGAGCAGACGACCAGCGAGGUUUGCUGAACAAGAAUGAUCUGCAACUACCAGAAUUCUUGCGCCUGUCGCCGGCGGCAACCAACCAAGCUGCUCUUCUUCCCUUUGACCCUGAGCCCACUUGCUCCACCCCUAACUCACGUU